AUGAAGUUCCCUCUGCUGCUGCAGGAGGCUAGCUUGCUUGGCGCCACAUGCUCUGAGGUGGCACUUGAUGGCAACGUGUCUGAUGUUGAGUCAGAUGCCGGGUCGGAUGCCACUGCCACCACCUUCAUGUCCCACCCGACCAGCUUAACCGCCGCUAGCGAGCUGCUGGCAGGAGGAGGAGCGCCAGGGCCGGUUGGCAGCAGGGGCGCCUUGGCAGCAGCAGCCGUUGGCAGCAGCAAUGGGACUGUUACCAAGCCACUCACAUUGGCCGGUGUGCACCAGUAUGUCACGUCACUGGCAGCGCUCCGGGGGCGGCUAAGGGACCUUGCGGGCCGCAGUCAGGCGUUGCAGGAGCAGCUGCACCUGCGUCUAGAGCCUGAGCAGAAGCGGCGGCAGCAGCAGCAUGUGCUGGCGGAGAUGACAGCUGAGACGGUGCACUGCCGGCAGCGGGCAGCAGAUUUGCAGGAGCAGCUGGGCGAGGUGAUUGCGGCGGCGGCAGCAUCCAAGAAGCUAGGCACGGUGCGAGCCCAGGCGCUGGUAACCACGCUCAAAGUGAUGCAGGCUGCCAGCCGCCGGAUCGGGGAGGCAGAGACAUCACUGCAGGGGGAGGCGGGGCGCGGCGCGCUUGUUGCGGUGCUGCGGGAGCUGGUGGCACGCCGCUGCCAAAUGGUGUGUCACCUAGGCUCUAUCUUUGAGCUUGGGCCCACAGCAGUGAGUAUACCAGAGGCGCCACCCGGCGGCUACUUGGAGGACCGGCUGGAGGAGCAGUGGGCGGGUGCAGCACCAACCAGCAGCAGCAGCAGCUUUGGGGCUGGGCCUGGCGCAGGACGGCCGCCUUGGAUCGUGGGCAGCUCAUUCGCGAGCGGCAUCAUCGACAACCCCAGCCAGUACAGGCAGGAGAUGCGGUUGUCCAUUGGGGGCCUGGAGCUCCGUCCUUCAGUGUGGCGCCGGGCAUUUGAGGAGGGGGCUGGGUACGACAGCGAUGCAUUGGAGGACCAAGCAGCGGGGGUUGUGCUGGGCUAUCUCGCGCAGAUGGUGGACCGCCUGGCCGCCUACCUGGACGUGCCGCUGCGCUACCCGCUAGCCUUCCGCGGCUCGCGGUCGGCAGUUCUAGACAGCUACCCGCCGGCAGGCUCCUGGGUGGGCGCGGCGGAGGAGGCCAGCGGUCGGCGGUCGCUGUUUGGGCGCAGCGAGGGACCGCCGCCUGGCGCUUCUGCCACCGCGCAGCACAUCAGCGAGUACCCUUUAUACUGCGACUCCGACCGCGACCGGCCCAGGUUUGCAGUCGGCGUCUUCCUGCUCAACAAGGACGUGAUCCAGCUGCUGCAAGCGCACGGCAUUUCCGCUGCGGGGCCAAACCAGCUUCUGCAGAACCUUUACAAGCUGCUUCUGGCAGCUCAGCGCGUGAGCCUUGGAGCGCUUGCAGUCCAGGCACUAGUCAACAAGCGAGGCCCAGAUGGCGUGGUGGGAGUCAUCCCGGGGGAGCAGAAGCACAGCGCCAGGCUGCUGAGCCUGUGCCAGCAGUGCCAUGAAAAUGACGAGGUGCUGGCGUGCAGCCUGCCCAGCGCCGACAUGGUGCUGGUCCCCCGCCUGCCCACCACCGCGGCUCAGGAUGGCCUCUAUUUCCUGGCCUAUGCCACCAACCUGCGUGCUGUGGAGCUGUGCGAGCGGCUGCGUCAGCAGAAGCAGGUUGCUUUGGUGCUGGACCUAGACAACACGCUGGUGGACGCCGUCAGCUGCAGCAUUGCGCCAAAUGACUGGUCGCUGCUGGACUGGCGCUACGUGCUUGUACACAACAGCUAUGGUCGCCAGAUCCAGGCGCAGUAUGCUCCGCUGCCGGGGCAUGAUGCCUUCUCGGAUGAGGUGUGGGUGAUGCACUGGAAGGUUGGCCGCAUCCACUGCACCUUCAAGGUCCGCAUCCGCCGUGGCUGGGCAGACCUACGGGAGUUUCUGGCGCAGAAUGCGGACCGUUUUGCGGUGUUUGUGUGCAGCAAGGGCAAGCGCGAGUACAUCCAGCUGCUGUGGCUGAUGCUGGACCCGCUGGGCCAGCUCAUCCCAGAGUCAGGCAGGUUGCAGCGUCGAGUGCAGCUGCAGCUCGCUGCAUAUUUGCUAAACUUGCGUCCCGGGCCGGCAGGGCAGGGCCCUCCAGGUGAUUGGGAUUCGCGGCUGACCUCCACCUUCCCCGAUACACUUACCCAAGCAGCCAACAAGACGGCGCUGACUGCGCUGGGCUGCUACGACAUUACAAAGCCGCACGUGCCCACCCAGCUGGCCGCACCCAUGAUGUGCCUGGACGACUCGACAGAGGCGUAUGAGCCGGAAUAUGCGCACAGCGUGAUGUAUGUGGAAGAGUACCGCCCUUCUGACCUGCUGCUGGCCGACAACGGCAACGUGCUGCGCCAGGCGUUCGGGCGGCUGGAGGCCUUUUGGACUACCACCUGUGCCAGCGAGGGCACCUUUGCAUGGCAGGCUGCGCAGAGCUUUGCCAUGGCGCUCAUGAAGACGAUGCAGCGGAAUCCCAUGGGCAGCCCCGAUGACCUGUCGUACCUGCAAGUGCGGUGCGCCAAGCAGGGCGAGGUGCUCUGGCACCAGUUCACUGUGCAGGAGGUGUUUGGCGAGGACGGGGUGUUCAUUGCCGACGACCCUGAGCGGGAUGUGCCCCGCCGCGGCUACGUCACGCCCGAAGCCCUACUCUGCGGCACCUGCCAGCUGCCCGAGUGCAAGCCUGGGUGCCCUAGCAGUGCGAUUGUGGCCGACACGGCAUCAGCAGAUGCCGAGGCACCCGCCCCGCGCCCAGCAGCAGUGACAGCUGGCCCCUUGGCGAUGGCUGUGGCGGCUGACGAAGCGGCGCUGAGCGAGGGGCGCAGCAGCGAAGACAGCGUCCUUCUGGGCCUGCCCUCGCCCAAGGACUCGGUGCUGCCUCUCGCGGUGCCGGAAGGGGCAACGCUGCAGCCCAUGCCUGCAGGGUCGGCAGCCAGCGGCGCCACCGAUAUGCUUAGCGGCGGCAACAGCCCUGCUGCAGAGCCGCGCGCCAAGCUGGCGCGGCUGGGCAGCUGGAGCGCCCAGGAGGCACACCAUGGCGGGGCAGGGCAGAAUGAGUCGGUGACGCAGCAGCAGCGCCCGACUGAGCAGCAGUCUGCAGCGGGCCCGGCAGUAGCCGACGCAGUGCCACGACCGCCAGGUCCCACUGAGUCGGCGCUGGCAGCGGUGCUGCGUGGCAUCAGCAAGGGACUGGCGGCUGAGAACGGCGACGAGGCUCUCAGCAGCAUGCCUGCCAGGCAGCCGCCGCUGCCCCGGCCAAGGGCCACCUCACCACCCUGGGUUCCAUCACCAGCCGCCAGCCGCCAGCCAGCAGCACAGCCUGGUAGUCUUGGCGGCGGCAACUCGUCGCUGGCAGCAGCCCUUGCCUCCAUCAGCAAAGGCUUGCUUGAGGAUGGUCUGCUGUGA